AUUCGGAUUUCCAUCUUGUAUUCUCCGGCGGACCGCGGGACCUGGCUCGUGCAGAGGAGGGGGGCCGAUCGCUAUGGAGUAUUUCAUGGUGCCCACUCAGAAGGUGCCCUCUUUGCAACAUUUCAGGAAAACAGAGAAAGAAGUGAUAGGAGGGCUCUGUAGCCUUGCCAACAUUCCAUUGACCCCUGAGACUCAGCGGGACCAGGAGCGGCGGAUUCGGCGGGAGAUUGCUAACAGCAACGAGCGGAGGCGCAUGCAGAGCAUCAACGCGGGCUUCCAGUCCCUCAAGACCCUCAUCCCCCACACAGAUGGAGAGAAGCUCAGCAAGGCAGCCAUUCUCCAGCAAACGGCAGAAUACAUCUUCUCCCUGGAACAGGAGAAGACCAGGCUACUGCAGCAGAACACACAGCUCAAGCGCUUUAUCCAGGAGCUGAGUGGCUCAUCCCCCAAGCGGCGGCGGGCAGAGGACAAGGACGAGGGCAUCGGCUCGCCAGACAUCUGGGAGGACGAGAAGGCGGAGGACCUGCGGCGGGAGAUGAUUGAGCUGCGGCAGCAGCUGGACAAGGAGCGCUCGGUGCGCAUGAUGCUGGAGGAGCAGGUGCGCUCGCUGGAGGCCCACAUGUACCCGGAAAAGCUCAAGGUGAUCGCACAGCAGGUGCAGCUGCAACAGCAGCAGGAACAGGUGCGGCUGCUGCACCAGGAGAAGCUGGAGCGGGAACAGCAGCACCUGCGGACACAGCUCCUGCCCACUCCAGCCCCUACCCACCACCCCACGGUGAUCGUGCCGGCGCCAGCACCCCCUCCCUCCCACCACAUCAAUGUCGUCACCAUGGGCCCCUCCUCGGUCAUCAACUCUGUUUCAACAUCCCGGCAAAAUCUGGACACCAUUGUGCAGGCGAUCCAGCACAUCGAGGGCACCCAGGAAAGGCAGGAGCAGGAGGAGGAGCAGCGUCGAGCCGUCAUCGUGAAGCCGGUCCGCAGCUGCCCCGAGGCCCACGCCUCCGACACCGCCUCCGAUUCGGAGGCCUCGGACAGCGACGCCAUGGACCAGAGCCGGGAGGAGCCAGUGGGGAACGGGGGGCUUCCCUGACCACCCCCCAGCCCUCCUCUCCCUUCUGGGGGCUGGAGGGGGCGGGGCAGCAACUGGGAGAGAUGAGGGUGAACGAGUGAGGAAUUUUUACAAAAUUACGGCAUCAUUUGGGUCUCUUUUAUGACCUAUUUUUCAAUACUGUAAAUCGACCUUUGAGUGAAGCCACCCAACCCGAGGUCCGGGGCUGGAGCGGCAGGAGCGCGUGGCAGCACCGGGACACCUGGGGCUGGGCCUCGGCCCCGGAGGCUGGGGAAGCGGACACGGAGGUGCCUGGCCUCUCUCCGCCAAAAACCAUUUUUUCAUUGAAACAUGUUUUUAAGAACAGGGAAAAUCAAACAAAACCCCAAGGUAUUUCUGCCCUCCCCAGAGCCAGCUCUAUGACCGUCAGUUUUUAAUUACCCCUUCCCUCCUCUUUUUGGUGUUCUUUCUCCUUUAAGCACUUACAUGGGUUGGGGGUCUGGCUGGGUCGGGGCUCUCGGGGUCCGGGAGUCUCCAUUGCUUCUCGGUUGGGGUUUGCUGCUGCCCUUCUUCCCUCCCCUCCCUGUCUCAGCACUAGGAAUCGCCACUCUCCACCACUGUCCGGCCCCCACCUCUCCCUCCAGGUUUCCCAUCUUCCACCCCAAAAAAGUCUUCGUCUUUCUCUUUUUGUUUUGUUUGUUGUUGGUUCUUUUUUGGUUUUAGUUUAGUUUUUUUUUUUUUGGUUUGUUUGUUUUGUUUUUUUUGUUUUUGUUUUUUUUUUUACAAUUUUGAGGUCUUUGUGUUCAAGGAGAAGCUAUUAUAUUUUGUUAAGAAAGUGGGGGGGAAAAACCAAGAGGCCACUGUGCCUUUAUAAAGAAACAAAAUAAAGUUUGUACUUUGUUUUUUA